AUGGGAUCCAACAGCGGUAGAGCCACUAAGCUUCCCCUCGUUCCCCUGGCCAAGGGCUCUGUCCUGCUGCCGGGCGUGACACUGCGAAUUCCAGUUUCCAACCGUCCCGACCUGACCAACCUUCUGUCUUCCCUGGUGGACCGGCCCAAGCGCGAUGGCAACUCGAUCACCUUUGGGUGUAUUCCUCUCAGCUCCCCGUUCCUGAGCCGCGACGGCCAACAACUUCUCGAAGGCGAAGAUUCCGAUAAUGAGAGGAAGGAGGGUUACGAUUCAAUCGAUGCGGGCCAGGCGCGCAAGGAUGACUUGUUCCGCUACGGCACGGUGGGCAAGGUAAUCGGCGUUCAGCGCCGAGCCUACGCCGAGCCGUUUCUUCUGGUCCAAGGGUCUCAACGCUUCACAGUUAAGAAGAUCUUGAAGGAUCGACCUUAUUUCGAGGCGGAGGUGUUUGUCCACGAGGAGAACAACUCAUCCAUACAUGGCGACUCUGAGGCUGCUGAUCUCUUCCAACAAUUGAGACAGCUGUCUCGUGAGCUUCUUACUCUAUUGCGCCUGUCGUCAUUGUUGUCGGCUGCCUCAACUCGUCUCUCGCCCCUCGUGGCAAGGAAGUUUGAACUCUAUAUAUCAAAGACAGACUUGGCCCAGGCAGGAAAGCUUGCCGAUUUCAUGGCCGAUGUAUCCGAUGCGAGCUUCGAAGAGAAGCUACGGAUACUCGCUUCUUUCGAUGUGAAGCAGCGACUGGAACGCGUCGUGGAGAUUUUGUCUCGCCAGGCCCAGCAUAUUAAGAGUAGCGUGAAGGUCACCUCUAUCUCCACGACAUCAUUCCCGCCGAGCUCAAACAUGGAUAUUAGCCAAAUUGACCCUCGAGAGCGUGAGUUGCUUGCCAGGCGUGCGAUGCAGGGUCUCUCUGGCCUAUCGCCUCCUGGGCCCGCAGGGGGACGUGGCGGUGAUGACGAGAAGGAGCCGAACGAGGUGGACGAACUGCAACAGAAGAUUAAGGACGCGGAGUUGAGCCCCGAGGCUCAAAAGGUCGCGGAUAAGGAAUUGAAGCGCUUGCGCAAGAUGAACCCUGCCAACGCCGAAUACGGUGUUUGCCGCACCUAUCUGGAGAACCUUGCGGAGAUCCCGUGGACGAAGGUUACUGCUGAUCAUCUGGGUCCAGAGACUUUGAAGCGUGCGCGGCAGCAGCUGGAUGAGGACCACUACGGUCUGGAGCGCAUCAAGAAGAGGCUGUUGGAGUACCUUGCUGUGCUGCGGCUGAAACAGUCCACCAACGAUGAUGUUGAACGCCAAAUUACCGGUCUGUCUAAAGACUUGGAUGCGGCGUCUGCCGGAGAUCUGGAGAAGGACGUUCCUUUGCUCUCCGAAACCGAUCGAGUUGCGCUGGAGACCAGACUCGAAAUUUUGAAGUCUAAGCGCAUGACUGACAAAUCACCGAUCCUGCUCCUAGUUGGGCCGCCCGGUACUGGAAAGACCAGUUUGGCGAGGUCAGUGGCUGCUUCUCUUGGACGCAAGUUCCACCGCAUCUCUCUUGGCGGUGUCCGCGAUGAAGCUGAGAUCCGUGGACACCGACGAACUUAUGUUGCGGCCAUGCCCGGUUUGGUCGUGAACGGAUUGAAGAAAGUUGGUGUUGCGAACCCGGUCUUCUUGCUUGACGAGAUCGACAAGGUUGGCGGCGCCAACUUCCAGGGAGAUCCUUCCGCAGCCAUGCUAGAAGUCUUGGAUCCCGAGCAGAACAAUUCGUUCACUGAUCACUACAUCAACAUCCCGAUCGAUCUGAGCAAGGUGCUCUUCAUUGCCACAGCCAACUCUCUUGAUACCAUUCCCCCACCGCUCCUCGACCGCAUGGAGACCAUCUCGCUAUCCGGAUACACUACCGUUGAGAAGAGACACAUCGCCAAGCGUCACCUGAUUCCCAAGCAGAUUCGUUCAAACGGAUUGACCGAGGGACAGGUCGUUUUGUCCGAUGAAGUGAUUGACAAGACCAUCACUUCUUACACUCGGGAAUCCGGUGUCCGUAAUCUGGAACGUGAGAUCGGCUCGAUCUGCCGUCACAAGGCCGUUCAAUUCGCCGAUGCCGGCGACGCUGACCGACUAGCUGAGUACAACCCAGUCGUUACUGUCGAAGACUUGGAAGACAUUCUGGGCAUCGAGCGCUUCGAGGAAGAAAUAGCCGAGAAGCACGGCCGCCCUGGCGUGGUUACUGGACUUGUUGCCUAUUCUUCUGGUGGCCAAGGAAGUAUUCUGUUCAUCGAGGUAGCCGACAUGCCCGGCAACGGACGAGUCCAGCUCACUGGCAAGCUCGGCGACGUUCUCAAGGAGUCUGUUGAGGUGGCUCUCACAUGGGUGAAGGCCCAUUCUUUCGAGCUGGGACUGACUCACGACCCCAAUGAGGAUGUCAUGAAGAGUCGCAGCCUGCACGUCCACUGUCCCUCUGGCGCCAUCCCUAAGGAUGGACCGUCCGCCGGUCUGGCCCACACCGUGGCGCUUAUCUCCUUGUUCGCCAACAAGCCUGUUCCCCCGCAGAUUGCCAUGACCGGUGAGGUCUCCCUCCGGGGUCGCGUGAUGCCCGUUGGCGGAAUUAAGGAGAAGCUCAUUGGUGCUUUGCGCGCCGGUGUCAAGACUGUCCUCUUGCCUUACCCCAACCGCAAGGAUGUCAAGGAUGUUCCUCAGGAGGUUCACGAUGGCCUGGAGAUCAUCUAUGUGCAGCACAUCUGGGAAGCACUCGGCAAGAUCUGGCCGGAUGCUCACUGGCCCGGCCAGCACCACGUGAACUUCGUCGAGAGCCGCCUGUAGAUACCCUUGGCUUUUGCCACCUGCUGUUCACAUUGCGUCUCUUCCAAGCCCCUCUCGACCACAAUCGCUUU